AUGCACAGCCCAAAAUUAUCUGCUAGUCUUGGAAUAGGAUCUCUCCAAGCUCUAGAACUCUCGAGACAUGAAGCCAUCUCAGAUCAGAUACCGAUGUUGAUGGAUCUAAAUUUGGAGAACAUCUUCCCAACACCAACUGGGCAUCCGUUUGACACGUACAUUGUCAAAUCAUAUACUAUUACAAAACUGGAUGGCGUCGGACAGGAGGUGCAAAAAUUUGGUCAGUGGACAGGAUCCGAGAUUGGUGGAGGAAUAGAACUAUUAUAUCUUAGGCUCAUGCUGAAAGUUAUAAAAGGGUUUACCGAUCAGAAGAGCACUGGGCUACAGGAAUUGUUCAAUAUACCCGAAACCAGAAACCCAAAUAUGGAUGGAGAUCCUAUAUAG